AUGGGCUACCUUAGUUUCUCUCGACAGGCAAGGAGCACAGCAAAAAGAAAGUCUGGUUCCGGGGGAGGGGAGCUGAACACCCAGGACGGGAGGUCGGCUAGGCCGCAAACUCCCGGUAUAACCCGCCGAACUCCCGGCGGGGUGGGCGCCAGGAGGAAAGAAAAGGGUGUGUGGGAGUGCGUGGGUGGCAUCAGUCCAGCGCAAAAGAGGGUGGGCGAGUGGAUGGGUGAUGAUUGA